UUUCUUAUUGUCCUCAAAAAACAAAUUAAAAUGGCCUCACGCACAUUCUCCUUUGCCAGACACGCCACAAAGUCUAUUUCAACUCACAACAUAAACAAAUUCACCCGCAGCUGGUUCCCAACAACAUCACAAAUCCAUCGCCAAGUCACCACUGUGGUCAAUGCCACAAAUGCAACCUACCCUCCUUAUUUACCCCUAUUUGCCUUUGUCGCACCAAAACCCUUGGUGAACCUGGUAGAUUUUACCUCCACAGAAGGAAAACGGUUAUUUAGAGGAGCCAUGGAUCAAGGCCAAGCAGAAAGCUUUUUUAAACUUAUGGGAAAUUUCUCAACGCAAUCUUCACCUGCCCUUGCUGGUGUCAGCUCACUCGCCAUGGCUUUAAAUGCACUCGAAAUUGAUCCCAAACGUAUCUGGAAAGGAAACUGGAGAUGGUUCUCUGGUGACCAGCUAAAGACAUGCUCUCCAAAAGAAUCAGUAUAUAAGCGUGGAAUUCCUUUUGAUGAAUUCACUUGUCUUGCCCAAACCCACUGCAGUGUCGAGCCUAAGCGGGCCUCAGUAGGAGGUUAUAAUCAAUUUCUUGUGGAUCUUGAACGUGUUACUUCGAACCCAGACAGCCAAAUGGUAGUGAAUUACGCCCGGUCCCACCUGGGACAGCAAGGAGAAGGACAUUUCAGCCCGAUUGGCGGACACAACACCAAGGAUGGAAUGACACUUAUUAUGGAUGUCGCUCGUGUAAAGUACCCAAGCGUCUGGGUUGACAGCCGUACAUUAUAUGAGUCGAUGUUAUUGCAAGAAGAAUCUGGUGGAAGUCGAGGCUAUUUUGUACUCACACCAGGACAACAGAUUAACUCUGCCGCUUCGUCAUCCACGGGUGGUGGUUCUGCUGCUAAUCGCCCCCUCAAAUGUAAUCAAUGCUCUCGUUUGUGCUCCAAAAAGAAGAGAAGCUCCUAAAUUCCCAAAGAGCCAUGAGCUUGCCAUGUUCUCUUUAUGUAUACAUGCACAUAUACACAACCCACCUUGUAUUAUAAUUGUUUAUAAACCCCCUUCCUUUUAUAUAUAUAUGCACACACACACAUACACAUCCACACAUAUUUAUUUACUUAUUUAUUGUUAUUAUUGAUGAAACAAAUCCUAUUUAAGUCUCAACCAAUCGCUAUCCCCUUACUCUACCUCCCCUAGAAUUAUACUCCACUCUUAGCGAUCCUAAGCUUAGAGUGAAUAAAAAUAAAUAAUGAAAUUCAAAUUCGAAAUUCGAAAUUCGACAUCAACAUCAAAAUCAAAAUCAAAAUCAUAAAUCAUAAUACAUAUAUAUAGAGAGAGAGAAAAUACUUGUGUAUGCUUAUGCUUAUGCUUAUGCGUAUGUGUAUGUGUAUGUGUAUGUGCGUAUGAG